GGAGCAGCAGUCGCUGCAACCGCAGCCGGUGAGGGAGGACGGGCGGGGGAUGGAGCAGCGCGGUGCCUUCCCUCACACGAGGCUCUCCUCCCCUGGAAGGCUCCGAUAUAAGCCGAGGAGGAGCUUCAGCAGACGCGGGCCAAACACCACCUCCAUCCCAACACGCAGCAUGCUUCCUUCCACGUUUUCUUUUGCAGAUGGGGCUCGGCUGAACCAAGCCCCGCUAUUCUUCGUCAUCAUUACCAGAAGUGCGCGGAAAUCAGGCUGGAGCUGCUGGCAGCCGGUACAGCCCCGAUAGAAAGCUGCACGUUGUCUUCUCUCUGCAGUUUGAUCCGAGUGGCGAUUUGAAGUCCGUGCCCUGUUGACGGCUGGUACGUACCGAAGGCAGCAGCCGCCAGCCACGCUACUACUCCGUGUCUACCAGUCAUGAAACGAAUCCUUCUGUUUUUCAUCCUGGCUGCUGCUGUUAUGUAUGGUAUAUUGCAUGGAAAUCUGUGGAGGAAUAACUUCUACUGGAUUAGCUUUUAUGGACAGACUUCUUCUGUGAGGGGUCCUUCUUCCAAUGAGGCUAGUGGAGUUACCCAGCUGCCACCUACGGCUGUGGAGAGAAGGAAUGCACUAGACACUUGUCUUCUGAAACCAGCGUUUGAAUCUUUACUGGAUGUUGACAAAAUAUACCCGUUCCUGUGUGCCAAUGAUUUUAUCAGAGUGGCGGAGUUCCAUGGAAGUGAUAAGUUCGAGCUACCUUAUGGAAUAAAGAGAGCAGAACAGUUUUUUCGUUUAGCCCUUUCAAGACUGCAAAACUGUGGACUGUCCAACAAAGAAGACAGUGUUGCCUGUCAACGGUGUGUUGUGGUCGGUAACGGAGGAGUACUUCGAAAUAAGACGCUAGGGGGGAAAAUUGACUCAUAUGAUGUGAUAAUAAGAAUGAAUAAUGGCCCUGUUAUAGGGUAUGAAGAGGAUGUUGGGAGAAGGACGACUUUCCGCCUUUCCUACCCAGAAUCCAUCUUCUCAGAUCCGAUCCACUACGACCCUAAUACUACUGUCGUUAUUAUCGUCUUCAAACCACGUGACUUAAAGUGGCUUUGGGAGAUACUAGGCGGUCAGAAAAUAAGCGCUAAAGGCUUUUGGAAGAAACCAGCACUGAACAUGAUAUACAAAUCUAAUCAAAUCAGGAUUCUUGAUCCCAGCAUCACCAGAAAAACAGCUUAUGAUUGGCUUCGUUUCCCAACAAGAUUUCCGAAAAAAGAGAAACCCAAGCAUCCAACAACGGGGCUAAUUGCCAUUACACUAGCAUUUCACAUUUGUCAUGAAGUUCACCUGGCAGGCUUCAAAUAUGACUUCACUGACAAGAACAGUUCUUUGCACUACUAUGGCAACGAAACAAUGUCUCAGAUGAUGCAGAAUGAAUACCAUGACAUCAAUGCUGAGCAGAAAUUUUUGAAGAAGCUGAUAGACAAGAACUUUGUGGUCAAUUUGACGUGAAAGCUGGAUGGAAAAUAUGAAGAACAAUCACUAUUUCCAAGAUUUCAAAAAUUUUUAUUUUUUGUAUGACAUUUUUAUUUUUAAGUGCAACGUAACUGUUUACUGUUUAAAAACAGCACGAAAACCUCACAAGGAAGAAGCUUCUUCUAAGCCGGAGGAUAAUGGACUAUUGCAAGCAGAGCUAACUGAAUUUCUGUGAAGCUAUUUAAUGGGAAGAACACAAAACUUUCAGCUGAAAGUAUCAGGGAUGUAUAAAAAUGUGAUUCACAUUACUUAUUUAUCAGGAAGAACUUUUUUCCAAAUGGUUACUUCUCUGGUAUACCUUCUUUUCUAAAAUCUUCCGAAAGAAUUACACUGUUAAGAGACUGAGACGACUGUUUAAGUAGUGGAUGGAUGUCAAAUCUUGAAUCCUUCUUGUAAUACAAAAGUGGCUUUAAAAAGAAUGCCUUUAAGUCAUUACUGUGUGUUUGGGAGAAGGGGAACCAUACGGAACAUACACACUUAGUCUGCCCUCCUCCUGAGCAAUGGACAUCCAUCUUCUGUGAAGAAGCCACAGCCUGCACUGGUCAUCGACUCUGAACUGCUGUCUGCGUGUGCCAAAGGUGAAGACCCUUUGGCCUGUUUUCUGGAGAUGCUGGUGUUGACAAUGCUCGUGUUGUACCGGUUUAUGGAAAAAAACGUACGACCUGUGCUGUGCUUCCAAUAAAUUUUACAAUUUUUGACUUCUCUUGGAAAAGAGGGAAUUUGAAGACUGAAGCUUUGUCUUGAUUACUUGUCACUUGCUUCCCCCAGAUGACAACAGGAACGUGAGCUCAGAUGGAGAUAUUCACACUUGAGUUUAACCUUAGAGGCAGUGUUUUUUGCAUUCGCAGAUCUCCAGGAUAGGAUCUAGUAUAUCUUUCUGUUCUCUUGCAAGAAUGACAAUAUAUUUUUUUUCAAAUGUAAUCUCCUUUUUUGGAUGCUGCAAAGCAUUUACAACUUCAAAAUGCAUCAGUACAAACGAAAAAUGUUCCUGUCUUUGGCAGCAGAAUGUGCUAGGGACUAUGUGAGAUUUCAUCAGCUGAAUUAUCAUUUGGCUUCCGUUUACCUCUCUUGUUUUUACUUCUAGGUUUAAAUGAUGUGGCUGAGCUAAAUCAUUUAGCGGUGGGCAUUUACAUGGGAAUUUAAUGGAAACAUUCAUUGAGAUGGUUAUGUUUCCUGUAUUGAUUCAUUUCAGACAACCCUGCCAAAUAAGUUAUAUUUGCCUGGGAAUAUCCUUGACAACUUUCAAAGAUGAAAGAACAAGUAAAAUGCCAUUCUAAAACUCUCUUUAUGUAUCUUUUUAUUAUGUCAGGUUUUUUGGAAGACCUUACAGUUAUCUAUUGAUCAUACCUGAAGAAAACACAGAAGUCUGCUUCAAAAAAAAAAAGUCUUCAAA